AUGCAGAUCAUGGUUUGUUUGGCAUCCGUGUAUGGAGCGUGGACUAUCAGAGACAGAAAAUGGUAUUUUGAGGUUGAUAAAACGAGAGGAGGUAGAAUGUUCUACCUGCAGGAUGAUUGUAAACAUGAAGAGCUGGUUGAAAUGGUUGUGAACGACUACAUGUUGCAAGUUAAUGGCGAGCUGCUGGAGUUGUCAUAUCCAUUACCAGCUGCUAUGAUGGAGAAAUUGCCAACGGAUUCACCUCCUAUGUUUGUGGCAAAAUGUGUUGUCAAUGGAUGUGCAUGGAAGUUGAGAGCAGCUGUGAAGAAUGAACCGGAUUGCUUCUGGGUUACCAAGUACGUAAAGGGUCACACUUGUUCAAUUAUGGACCGUGUAGCUCACCGUAGACGAGCUACUCCAAGAUAUAUUGGACAAUUGUUUGUGGAGCGGACUGGACUCAUAGAUGGAAUUGUCCCUCGACAAAUUGCAGAUUCGAUGAGGAUCAUGUUUGGCUUGAAUCUUACCUAUACAACGUCAUACCGGGCUCUCAAAUUCGCUCAAGUAUUUGUCAGGGGAACUCCAAAGUAUACAACUGCUCCAAAUGCAAGCAACCAGAACAUACUCGCCCGUACUGUGUGUCCAAGCCUGCUCAGAAAUAAGGUCGGAGGUCUACAAGGAGUUCCCGGAUGA